CCCACUAACAUGUCCAGCAAUGAAGGCGGAAAAGAGUACAAAGAGCAACUGCAGUUAUAACAGCCUGUCUUCUGCCCCUAUUUCCUCAAUGAUGUCAGUUCUUCCUCUUCUACUCAUGGCUUGUUUGCUGAUGUGCCCCCAACUACCCGUAGAUGGAACUCCCCCUCCAGUGAAGAGUGUGUUUGUGUUGCAACCCCGCCCAAUCUACUAUAUAGUAAGAGACUCGGCUGUGAGUGUGGAGUGUGAGGCUCUGCAUGUGGCUAAACUGGCCAUCAAGUGCAACGGAGACUUCGUCCAGGUGUCCAAGUAUUCACUCACUCACAAUCAAGAAAAAGACACAGAGAAGAUAUCUAUCAAUUUCACGCGUGUGGAUCUAGUGGACAUUAAUCUCCUGAUGGGGGGAGGGGAUGGGCCCGACUCCUCGGGGGGAGCGGAGAGUGCGAUGCAACAGUGCGUGUGUGUGGCGUGGAGUAAGAACAACAACUGGUACGAGAUCGAGAGUGAUCAAACCACCAUCCGACUAGCAUAUCUGAAGAGAUCGUUUGAGCGUGAACCACUCAGACUUGAAGUUGAUCUGGGCAAACAAGCAGAGUUCCUGUGUGCACCUCCCGAUGGACAACCUCCACCUUCAGUCUACUGGCGAAAACAAGACAAGGACCAACUAGAAGGGGAGGGGGAGGCCACACCUCUCAGUACGGAGACACACCCAAACUAUCACAUAUCCAACAAUGGCAGAACACUGCUGAUCCACCAGGCUUCCUACGAAGACGAGGGGAAGUACGAGUGUGUGGCGGAGAACAUGGCGGGUGAUCGAGUCACUAUGGCAGCACCCCUCACCAUCGCAGUGCGAGGCAAUUGGGCUUCUUGGGGUGCAUGGAGUGACUGCAGUAGCCAGUGUGGAAGGGGAACCCAGUCCAGACACAGAGAGUGCUUGAUAACCAAAGCAUCGGCAUCGUCCGGUUCCAGUGUCAAUCGUCGGGAAUCCAGAUCCAUAUCCUCAAUUCUUAUAGAAUCUACUCCUCCAUCUUUGCUGCAGAAACCGAAAAAGAGAAAGAAGAAUGGAAAGGGAGACAAAGACGAAGAAAUUGAAGAGGCUGAUAUAGUUGAGGGGACGUUUGGAUCUAAAGAGGAGUCUUCCAAGAUGUGCGAGGGGGAGGCGACCCAGACUGCCGAUUGCACCAAAAUGUGCCCAAAAAAUGGAGGCUGGGGCGUCUGGGGGGACUGGAGCAACUGUGGGGCGAGCUGUACGAAAUACCGUCGUCGCUUCUGUAUCAACCCCCCUCCCUCACACGGGGGACUCCCGUGUCUGGGCAGCGGAAUGGAUAGAUCUAAUUGCACGGGGGGAGAGUGUCCUGUCCCCUAUUACAAUUCAGCUGGCACUACCCGUACCCUGUCCCCACUUCAGCCCGGACACGGGGGUGUGGUAAGGAGCGAUCCGGGACAUCUGUCUUUGAAGGAAGUGCUUCUGUAUGUCGGACUAGUGAUGAUUGUUGCGGUGUUUUUGGCGGUGGCGCUUCUAGUGUUGUUCCUGAUUCACAGGCGCAACAAGUUCUACGCUGGAGUUUUGUCAUUAGACGAACGACACCAGCAUUAUCCGAGUGUUGGACUCUCAUCCUACUCUGGCACUGGGACAGCUGGCACGGGCGAAACAGGACUGACAAUAACUAAAUGCGGGACAAUAGCGGCUGCUUCCAAACAUCAUCAUCUUCAUGGCGCUAUGGGCAAUAUGAUUGACAUGCCGUACCAUAUCUCACAUGGACACUUACUAAGACACCAUCACCACAUGACCAUGCCCCACCCUCAUUCACUGGUGGGGGGAUCAUGCGGAAGUGCGGGCAGCAACAGUGGGUCGCACUACUCGAACAACCAACAUGCGCAUCAUCAUUUGUCAACUGCGACUACGACAACGUCAAUCAACCAUCACUCGCUUCUGUCAACACCUAGCCCAACAACCCAAUCUGCAACAGACCCCAACCACCUGGGAGGUACAGGAAGGGCAGUGACCCCUACAUACCAAUACAUCGAGGAACACCACCCUGCAUGGGCGACCACACCUACUACGCCCCCCUCUGUCUACAACGUUCACGGCGCACCCCACCAACAACUGUUAGCAAUGGGGAUGGAAUCUCUUUACCCGCAUUAUGCUCACAUUUCAGACCCAGUUAGUCCCAAUUACCCUUACUACCAGCAGAGACCACAAUUGGAGGGCGAGCGGGAGGAAGGGGAGCGUCGUGGGAGCAGACGAAGUAGGACGAAGAGAAACAGUGCGCACUCCAGAUUUAGUGUGGAUUCUGGUCAUGGCGCUGAAGGGGAGGGAGAUCAUGGCCAGAAUUUAGACGAGGGGGAGGACGGCCAAUCAUCAGAUGAUACCUCCACUAUUGUAACUGGAAACCACAACAGCAACAACCCCACAACUAACCCGAAUCUGACUCUGCCUCUAUACUCCUCCACAUGUAUGCUGCCCCCCUCUAUAGACCCUGGAUCGGUGGCGGUGGGGCUUGUCGGAUACGCUGGCGGAAGACUAUCUCUCCCAGAAUCAGGAAUCAGUCUGUUGAUUCCCGAGGGAGCCAUUCCGCAGGGUAGAACUGAAGAACUCUUCCUAGCCUCCUCGUCCGACAUGGAACAGAACCCCCGUUUGCUCCACAAGAGUGACACCAUACUCAGUGCCACUGUAUUCGCAGGACCACCACACACAGUGCUACUCAAACCAGCCAUUCUAUCAUUCGACCAAUCGGCCAGUCGCAAUAGUUCGGAUCACUGGACCACAAGUCUUUACACACAGACACCCAACGCACAUUGGAAGGUAUGCGGAGAAUCAGAGAAAGACACAUGUGUGCACAUUGGUAAGAACAGCUGCUACGUCUUAAGUGAGAAGCUCCACUUCAAAUACUGUCUGAUUGGCAAGGCCUCCCCCUCUUCAUCCGCCUCCAAACACUCUCAACUACUUCUAUUCGGGGGGUAUUUGAGCUCCACCUCUAACUACAGCGUCAGACUCUACAUACUAAAUGACAACAAGGACGCUCUAGCUCGCACAAUGAGUGAUGAAAUGAAGAUGGGUGGGUUCCUUCUCAACUCGCCCCUUAAGAUGCUACUUCACUUCGAUCAGGGUGCACUGCGGAUUGGCGUGAGUGAGUUAUGCAAUGAGUGGAAUCACUGUGGAGAAAAGGAAAUUAUAAUUCCCUUGGAGAGAAUCUGGAACGACACCAGACGACACCAGCGGAAACUUCCAUCUAAGUUUCGAAUCCCAGUGUGUCCGCCCGGUCUGAUGGAGAACAGCUGGCUCUACUCCUCCCAGGGGGGCCGUGUGUUCCGACUGCCUCCAUUCGUCAGAUCCCGACUGGCAGCCGCCCUGAGCGAAAGCUGGACCAAGCUGGCAAAAGCCAUUGGACUUCAAAGACCUGUCAUCGACUACUUGAAGCGACGAUCUGCUCCGGUUGAAAGUGUCCUGGACAUGUGGGAAUGCAGGACUCAUAACCAGGAUUCACUGGACCUCGCAGCUGUUCUUACCCAGUCACCUCUCCACAGAGCAGACCUACUGCCUCUUCUACAAGCGGCACCCGUUUCCCCAUCCCCUCCGACGCUCUCACAACACAAUAAUAGCUCCCAAUCGCCCUAUUUCUCUCCAACUGGGGGCGACGGGGAUUCGAACUGCUGCUCUUUGUCAGACGCUAAUUCUUGCCACUUGUCAUCUUCGUGUUAG